UUUUCUGACAGGAAAUGCCUGUCAUACAAGGCAAACACCACUGAAAUAUGACAAUAAUCAUUGCAACCAUCGUUUGUGAGUAGGUGCUGACUUGCGCGGUUCGCUCUCAACGAAAUGUAGUAUAAAUUUAUUGCCAUUUUUGUGUUCGCUCCGUCAAGCAACAUUUCUGACCGAUUCACAAUUGCUCGCACCUCUGUUCUUUACGCUUAGCACCGUUACCUGUCCUAUUUUAUCAGUUAAUGAAAAGAAGAUAAACACUACAUUUGACCAGCAGCUGAAGUGAAAUAAUCAUUUGUGGAAUUAAUUCAUGCUCGGACUACUAACAUAGACGUGAAUUUAAAAACAUGCCUGGCGUCAUCGGAUUGUUCGUCCUAAUUUUGGGGUCGCCCUUGCUGUUCUCUACAAUCGAUUCGGUGUUGCUAGGGGCAACGGGAUGCGGAUCGAUUAUCUGUCCUGUGGUAUUUGAUGAAGCAACGAAUGCCAAUGUGCAGCUGGUCCCCAAGAUAGUCCCGACUUCGCCCACCGUUCCCCCAGCCUUGAUGAGGUUGUCUGGUGUCGCCAAUGAAGGAAACACGUGGACUUGUGUGUAUCCAGAUAUUGAUGAGUGCGCGAGUUCUCCAUGUGGUGACCGGAAACAGUGCAUCGAUGGAGAAGGGUCUUACCGGUGCGAAUGUACACCUGGUUAUGCUGGUCCAGAUUGCGAAAUUGAUAUCAAUGAAUGUGCUAGCAACCCUUGUCAGAAUGGAGGAUCGUGUACGGACAAUCUCAACCACUACACUUGCUCUUGUCAAGUAGGUUUCAAGGGCAAAAACUGCGACACAAUGAGACUGUACCCGAUGACUACAUGCGAACACGAGCAAAUGCAGCUAGACUGUGGGCCCGACCAUCGUAUCCACAUCAAAAGCGCAAACUUCGGAAGAAAGUCUGGUGCACACGUCUGUUCACUCAACAGGACCCUGGAUGAGGACUGUUCAUCAGACUCCGCGUCGAUUGUCAUGACGUCAUGCGAGGGAGCAUCUAAUUGCACCUUGCCCGUCAAUACAUCAACUUUCGGGGAUCCUUGCCCGGAUGUAGAGAAGUAUCUUUCCACCAAUCAUCGAUGCUUAUGUAGUUUCCACACAGAAGACAGCGGCUCCAACCAUAAUUAUCAUUGGUUGUUCCCGGUUAGUCGGAUAAAAAACGGAUUGUUUAAGUUUCUUGUGAGGGCAGCUCACGACGUGCACGUUGCGCUGGCCGAUCGUUCGUCAUUAUAUGGGAAGUACGUCGAAAUCGUUCUCUGUGGCUGGUCAAACUCUGCCGUCGGCAUUAGGCGAGAUUGUACUGCUUGUACACCAGUAGUUAGCACCUCAGCUACACUCUGCCAAAACAAUGCAUUCACAGAGUUUCAGAUAUCCUUUGCUGACGGUUACUACCAAGUAAUGUUACUCGGACAAACCGAAACGUUGUUACUCCAGUGGCAGGAUCCGAAUCCUUUUGACGUCACCCGUGUGGGCGUGUUCUCGGGCUACGGCUCAGAUGCUGAUUGGAUGUUUUACUCAAACUUUAUUCCAUAAUAUUCACAUGUUAAUGGAUCUACCGCAUUUUAAAGAUUUAGACAGAUAUGAUAUAACUUAUAGGCAAGCAUUAUCUAGCAUUCCAUUCUUGCAGUUGGGUAUUGAUUGUUUGUGAAAUGUUAAUUUCUUGUUUUUAUUUAAUAUAUCGAGCACCCUCUCUCGUUGCUCUUUAUAUUUUUCCUGCAAAGGGGUCAAUUUGAGUUCCUAUCUUACUAACAAAUUGGUAAACCGGGACAUCGUUUGAUCGUCUGAGCUGACGUAAAAAUUGCAAAAUAUUUCGUUUAUAGAUAAAUGGUAUUUAUUGUGAUAAAAAUUCAAUUAGUAACCAAAGGCUGAAUUACUUGAAUUGGUACAGAGUAAAAUUUUAGUAAACAAACAAGCAAAACAGUAUAUAAAAAAAGAAACAACA